UGUUUCAUUGGCAUACAAUUUGCCAGGUGAAACAGAAAAUGUCACGAAGAAAGCUGCACAAGUGGUCUAUCGAUUUUACUGGAAUUGGCAGACCUAAAGGAGAAAAAGCACUUGUUCAGUUAAACACAGAUUUAAGGAAACCUAUAGGAUACAAUGAAGAUGCUACAGUAGCAAGACAUGAUGACAAAGAGGAUAGUCCUGAUACACAGAAACUUAUUGAUAAAAGAUCAUGGGAUAUUGCGCUGGGACCACUCAAACAGAUUCCUAUGAACUUUUUCAUUAUGUGGAUGGCAGGAAAUUCUAUUUCAAUAUUUCCUAUUAUGAUGGUGGGGAUGAUGUUUUUCCGCCCUUUUCAAGCUUUGAUAAGUAUUCAGGCUACAUUUGGUUCAAUUGAAGGCUCAUAUCUUCAGAAAGCUGUAUAUAUUUUGGGAAAUAUUGUUUGCCUCGUAUUGGCUGUUUAUAAAUGUCAGGUGAUGGGACUUUUACCAACACAUUCAUCUGAUUGGCUAGCAUUUGUAGAGGCCCAGCAUAGAAUGGAAUGGUCAGGUGGUGGAGCCGCAUUAUAACAGAUUUAAUGUGUUCAUUUUACAGACUUUCAGUUGCCACAAAAAGAGAUAGAAAUGUCAUAUGAAAUUAUUUGUAGGUAAUAUUCAAACUACAACUAAGCACAAUAUUGAAAUUCUACAAAAAAAUAUGAUAAACAUGUACACGAUGAAGAAAGAAAUAUUUCCAAUACCAGAAUUCUAGAUAAUGUACAAGUGCAAUAAAUAUUUGUUCCUUUGUUAAGAAAAUAUGUAAAUGCUCAUUAAAGAGGUGUUAACAUAUAUAAAGAAAUGAAAAGAAUGAAUUAUAUCUGUACUGAUACAUUAAAUGUUAGUUGCUCUA